GGGCCGGAGCCGGAGCCGCUGCCGGCGGGGGUCAGUCGCGGCGCUGAGGCGGAGGGGUGCGGUGGGUCGUCUCAGGGACGCAGUGCGACGCUCCGUGAGACCAGAGAGGGAGAUGACAGCGCGACGCGGUGCCCACCUGCCGACCGGAAGUACGGCGAAGUUGGCUCCACUGUCGCUGCUGCUGCUGAUGGCGUGUCUGCCAGGCUGCUGUCGGCAGCUGGGAGACAACAGCACCGACCGGCCCGUCAGCGGCUGCGUGCCGCGGGAAAUCCCCGCCAGUGCGGCGUCUGCUUGGGUCGGCGCCCCGCCGCCCGAUGACGCAUCCGGGACGGUGACGGCCGGCGGGCAGCAGCAGCAGCGGCGGCGGCGAGGGCUGCUCGUCAGCGACACAGAGUGCAGUCUCGAGAACCUGUGCGACCCCAGCGCCCGCCCGCGCGUCUGCUACUACAACGCCGACAUCUGCGACGGCGAGCAGGACUGCAGCUCGGGCCGGGACGAGCUCUUCUGCGACGAGUGCCUGUGCCCGUACGAACGUGUGGACGGCGUCACAGCGUCUGUGCCUGACAGCGCGGUGCGCUACUGGAUCGGUGUCAACCUCAAGGGGUGCGCGCGCGCCUGCAAUGACAUCGAGUCGGGCUGUGUGGGAUUCAGCUUCAACGCGCUGAACGAAGGCGAACAUCGGUGUCGGAUCUUCUUUCAGCCAGGCUCGUUCGUGGCCAGCAACAUCGGCGGGAGCUUGUACAUUCGCAACGAGCCGUCGACGCCGCGGCUGGGGCGCGGCGGCGCGGACGCGCUGCAGAUGGCGCCGCCGGCGGUGGACUGUUCCCGGUCCGAUGUGCGCCCGUGUCCGUCCGGUAACGGCCAGUGCGUGCCGUACAGCCAGCUGUGCGACGGCGUCCAGCAGUGCUCCGGCAACAGCGAGGAGUUCGGCUGCCCCCUCUACCUGAAAAUAUACUCUCGACUGGAUGGCAAGACGAUCGGAUCGUACUCGAGCCCGCUACCGGCCGUCAGUCGAGACACCUGCGCGGCCUACUGUCUGUACCACUCCACCGAACACCCAAAAUGUCUGUUCUUCGCGUACCGCAGCUCAAAUCGACAAUGUCUGAUCGGCUGCAGCUCGUGCGGCGACUCCCCUCAAGUCAUCGACGAGACUGGAUCAGAGUUCUACUCGGUGCACGUUGCAGGGACGGCAGCGCUGGCUGCCGCCAUUGUGGACUUUGGCGCUUCGCCGAGUAACAGGGACGCUGCUAACUUUGAGAGCCUGCGUCCGACAGUUCACCAACUGACCGAGUCUCUGAAGACACUGGGCAUCUCCAUCCCCGACCUUCGGUCUUCCGACGCCGUCUCAACCCUGCUGAAUCCGACUCGCACGGCGGUGCCAUCGGCAUCCACUAUCGGCCCGGGAAGCGUGCCUCGACCUCCCCCCAGGAGGAAGCCUCCCGGUAAUCAGCCCAACAGUGGUCAGGCUCAGGACCAAUUUUUCGGCAGGCCGCCGACGCUCGCAACACCAAACAACUCCCCCGCCGCGCCUUCCAGCUCCUUCAGCGGAUCGGUGACACCGGCUGCCGCUCCGACUGCGACCCCUCAGCUGCCGGCUCAGAGCUCGCAGCUGUUCGCCGACUGCGGCCGACGGCCUCUGGACCCUCUGUCGGCCAGAACCCAGCUGCGUGUCAUCCCGGCCGGCCGCACCUCCAACCGCGUGGUGGGCGGCGAGCCAGCCACCUACGGCACGUACCCGUGGCAGGCGCAGAUCGAGCUGUACAGCGACGCCGGCCACUUCGAGCACCACUGCGGCGGCGCUCUGAUCAGCGAGCGGCUCGUGCUGACGGCGGCGCACUGUCUGGAACCGGCGCGAACGCGACUGCAGGUGAAACUCGGUCAGCACGACCGGCGCGACGCCAGCGAGCAAUUCGAGCAGACGUUUGCCGUGGAGAACAUGCUCAGCCACCCGGGCUACCGGUCAGACUCGGCGAGCGGCGCCUCCGACGACAUCGGCGUCAUGAAGCUGCGGCUCCGUUUCGGCCGGCCGGUGGUGUUCAGCUCGCACGUGCAGCCGCUGUGUCUGCCGAGCGGGCCGCCGACAGUCGGUCAGGAGUGCCACGUCUCCGGCUGGGGCAAGACGGACGCGGGGCUGCCCGACUCGCCGCGCUCGGCGGCCGACGUGCUGCACGGCGUGGUGGUGCCCGUCAUCUCGGACACGCUGUGUGCGGCGCGCGAGCUGUACGGCGCGCGGUUCGCGGCCGGCCGGAUGCUGUGCGCCGGUCACCUGGCCGGCGGCGCCGACUCGUGCCAGGGCGACUCGGGCGGGCCGCUGGUGUGUCCCGGCGGCGACGGACGCUGGCAGCUGGCCGGCAUCGUGUCGUUCGGCGAGGGCUGCGGCGCGGCGCUGAAGCCCGGCGUGUACACCCGGGUGGACCACUACGUGCCCUGGAUACGCGCGGUGGCGCAAUCACUGGGCAAGUGAACGGAGAGACAGGCGGUAGUGCGCAGCUGAUUCUGUUACGCCUUGGCGUACUCCGCUUUCGCCCAUAGAAUGGUUCGAGAUGAUAUGCCCGAUGAGGAAAGGUAUACGAUUGUUAAGUGGUUCGAAAUAGCAUAUUGGCCUGUAACGAGAUCUCCUUUGUCAAUACAUACCCGAUCAUCCUGUUGUUCAAA